UUUGAUGGGAAUGAGAUGGGCGGGGCGGGCGCGGUCUGUUUGAACAAAGAUUCCUGCACGAACGAACUUUCGAAUUUAUCUUUCACAGAGCAAACGAUGCACUGGUUCGCCCAAAUCGGAGGUGACGAGGCCUCGCCCGAUUCGUCAGAUGUGAAGCGCCGGCAAAGUCUCUACGACGAGGACUCCCUCGACGGCGAUCAUCCUAGCGAGAACGAAGGACGGGAGUCGACGGGAAGCGCGAAAGACGUGGACAGGGCGAAGCUCGUCCGUGAGAGACAGAACGAGGAGCGGCAGCGAAAGUUGGAAGAGCUGAGACAACAGGCCAUCGCUGCGCAACGUUUCCGGGAACAACGGGAAGAGGAACGCCGAAGGCGCAUCGACGAGCUCAAAUCGCGUGACAACGACAGACGAAAUCAAGUGGGCGAGAGGAAACGGUUGAUAUGCGAGGCGGAAAGAGAAAGAAGGGAGGCGAUCCUCCGGAAGAAUCAGGAGAGAGAGGCGCGCAUCGAGGCGAAGAAAAAGAACGAGAGGUCGCACAUCGUGUUCGCGUUCGGGAGCUCCACGCCGAGGAUGUUGGAACCGGCCGACACCGGUGGUUCCACUUUCUGGGGAACACGUCGGGCAACCUCCACCACCAACGUGAUGAUGUUCUCGGCCGCACAACCGUUGACAAGGAGAUCCUCCGAAAGAGAGCUCGAUGGCAGCAAGAAACGAGCCACGUCCGCUGGUGGACUCGAUCGAAAGCCUGGCGAAGAUAUGAGAAUGUCCUCGUCCAUGUACGAGGUGUUCAAUUGGAAUUCUAGCCCUGAUCCUCCCUUAACCCCCGCCAAACAUAAGAGAGCCAGCCUCUCUCUGCCUCCUACAACUGACAUCUUUGCCAUCGAUGAUAAGUCUGAUAGCGACACUAGGCGUCCGAUGAUCCAACGGGCUGCCAGUGGUGAAGAAAGCGACGGAACACCGGGAACCCCUAGCUCGGUUUAUCUGCGGGUGAACAGAAGGCGUACGGACCUGAUGCCGACGAUACCAUCGCCGCGUGAUGGACCGCCAUCGUCUGGGCGUAGUUCGAGCGCGAAGGCCUUCACACGUUCGCCAGGUAGGACUUAUUCCAUGUCCAGGCUGGACCAACUGGCGCAGCCUAGGAAACGUCCGACAGAACUUAGCACACUGACGGAACAGCAAAGCCAGCCUCUGAGCGCUUCUAGCAUGAGUCGCAGCAUGUCACAUUUAGCUGCGUCCGGAGGCAAGAGCCUCAAACGCUCAGAUAACUCUCGUAGCAUGGGUACGUUGCCAGGCGCGGUCCCGAUGCCGAGACCAACCAGGGCCGAGAGACUCCGUCGUAAAGCCCGCGAGCAUCAGAACCAACAGCAGCAAGGCAUCCGCAGCGGGGAGGUGACACCGAACAGCCCAUCACGACCGCACAGCUCCAUGAGUCAGCAAAGCGCCAGCAGUGUGGGCAGCAGUAACGUCAAUCUGCGUCCUCGUACAGCUGCCCCGCGUCGACCGCGACCUGCUUCUAUUGCCGGUACCGGUGUUUCGGUCACAGAACGACACAAUCUAGCGAGCGAGCCGAAGACUACGAAGGAUUCGAAGCCGCCACUGCCAAAGGUCCACAGCACUCCAAAGAAAACGUCUACGCCGAAGGUGACGGAGAUCAGGAAACCGACGGAGAAGCUUGUGAAGAACGCGAAGGCUUCGCCGCGAAUAACCCCGAAGGCGACGCCGCUGCAGAGCCCUGGUGCCGAGAACGCUCCGUUGAUCCGCGGCAGCACCGGCGAGAUAAUAAAAAGCGAGGUGAAAGAGGAUGCAAAAUCGGAGGACAAACACCAAGAGGAGAAGAAAGACCAAGGCACCGAGAAGACACAACAGGAAAUAAGCAACGCGGAGCAGCAGCAGGGUAAUGACGAAGUGAAGAAGCCAGCCAUUAUCGAGCAAUCCAAUUUUGUAACUAAACAAACGAAGGACGAGACUAACCUGAAUCAAGAGAAUCAAUCGGCCGCGCGGUCUCAAGAGACGCCCAAGUCUACGAAGAAGGAAGCCGAGGCCAAGUCGGAGAGCAACGCGGAAGAACAGGUCGACAUGUCAGCCUCGAUGAUUGCAAAAAUCCGGAUCACCACGGAGGAGGAAGCCAAGGCAGCUAUAGCCGAGCGUAGAAGAUUAGCCAGAGAACAGGCUGAACGGGAGGCCGAACUUGAACGUCAACGACAGGAGGAGGAAGCCCGUUUAGAGGCCGAGAGAUUGCGCGCCGAGGAAGAGGAACAGCGCCGUUUGGAGGAAGAGACGCUUCGUUUGGCCAAUGAAGCUCGAGAAGCCGAGGAACAGAGACUGAGACUGGCGAUCGAGGAGGCGAAGCGUCGCGAAGAGGAGGACAGAAGAAGAAGAGAGGAGGAGGCUCGUCAAAAACAGGAGAAAGAAGAGGCAGAGCGGAAAGCGAGGGAAGAGGCGGAAAGACAACGGAUCGAAAUGGCGGAGCGCCUUAAGAGGGAAGAGGAAGAGAGACUUGCUAGACGUAAACGGGUCGAGGCGAUCAUGCUUAGAACUCGAGGCAAGAACCAGAGUAACACGCCUACAAAGGGUGAGGGUGGUGAUGGCGAUAAGUUGAAAGAAGACAGUCCGAGCGAUGAGAAUAAAACAGCGCCAGGUAGCAAAGUUGAAGACGUUAUGACAGCCAGUCUAAUAUCCGAAGCGACUCAACAGUUCAUUAGCGGAGAGCAGCGAGCUCAUCACACGGAAAACAAUACGACUACGGACAUUGUGCAUAACGGCACGCAUAGUAACGGCAUUAAUGAAAGUAAAAUUGUAUUGGAUAAUAAUCAGGGUAAUGUGGAAGGAGAACUGAAUGGUCAUCAUACAAAUCACGGAAACGGUAUCAACAGUCAAUCAAUUACAUUGGAUAAUGCAACCGUGUAAGUAUAUCAAAUUCAAAGUUACAGAUUUGUAACCAACAUUUCUAUUAACGUAAGAGUUACAUAUUGACACUUACUCGAUCGUCAUUUAACAAAAACAAAAAACAAAAAAAAAAAAAAAAAAAAAACG